AAAGAAAGGAUAAAGCAUAUAUCAUUGAAGAAGACGCCCAUUAAUUAAAGACUGAAACUUUUUUCAUGCUUCGAUUUCUUCUCACCGAUCUUCUCUGAUGAAUGUUUUCAAUUUGGGUAAGGAGAACGGCACAAUUUGGUCCGCCGCAUCUGUUUUCAGCAAGAAAUUGAAAAAAUGGAGGGGAAAAGAUCAGAAGAACUCAAAGAAACAAGAUAAAGAACACAACUUUAUCGUUUCCAAUCAAGAUCGGUUCCAAAUGGGUCGUCGUUCUUGCGACAUUGCUCCUAGGUUUUCACUAGACGGCUGUCGGUUGUCUCUUGAUCAAGACCCACGUUUUUCAUUCGACGACCCACCUCGAGCUUCGUGUGAUGGUUAUUUUAAAGCUGGUGGGUUGAUUCCAGGAGGAACGAAUCUGACUCGUGAAUAUUACGCCGACUCAUCUUCACGGCGGAAACCGAGCUUCGACCACUCUGUUUCAAUUCGGAAGAUGACGUCAGCAUUUGUCGAUGAAACAACGACGAAGGGUAAAGUAUCUCCGGCCACCGUUUUGAUUGAGAAUAGUGAGGUUUUAAAGGGUCCUAAGAAAACAAGGAAAUGGAUGAAUGGAUUUAACAUUUUGGGUUUUAUUCUUCACCGGCGAUCAAAGAGAAGUGAGAAUAGCGGAUCAAGUGGUGGGGUUGAAGCUGGAUCGGUUAUGAGUGUGUCUUGGCCGGAGGUGAGGAAGGUGGAGGAGAGAGCUUUUAAUCCGAUGAUGUUAAGAAGUAAGAGCAGUAUAAGUUUUAGGAAUUCGUAUGAAUUUGGUAAUGGAAUUAAUGGAAAUGGGAAUGGGAAUGGGAAUGGGAAUGGGAAUGGGAAGAAGAUUGUUUUGGAGAGGAACCAGAGUGCUAGAUCAUGUUCUUCGAAAGAAGUGGAGAAUCUUCAAUGGAGGAACAACAACAGCAGCAGCAGCAGGUGGAGGAUGGGUGGAUCAGUGAUGAGAAUGUAUUGAUCAAAGAUUCAAAAUUAAUAAAAAUAUUUCUUGAUCGAUGAUCUUCAAACUGUAUUAUUAAUAUUUCAUCUGUUUACAAUUAAUUAAUUAAUCAAAUUCAACCCUUCU